AAUUCAGAAAUUGGCUAGACAAAUGGACCUAAACCACCUGUGAACGAAGUCAGCAUCAAACUCCUAUCCCAGCCUUAUUCAAAUUUGAUAUGCUCAAUCGCUGUUUAAAGUUAACCAAAGGGCCACCCACUGAAAGACAAAAUAAAAUAAACCAAGAAGAAUCUCAACUUGUUUGUUUUUCAAGUUUUUGAUAAGCUUUUCCAUUAUCCUAUUCUUCUUGUUUUUCUUUUUUCAUCCCAACACAAACCGCAAGGAAACUGCUUUUCUUCCAUGGCUUCAUACCUCCAUCUCCAAGGUGACAAAACCUAUACCUUUAACCUCCAGCUUUGAUCCAUGUUUCUUGAUUUUCUUUGAAGAUGGUACAAAGAAAGGUACCCAGCAAGCUUGGAAUCCAAGCUGAUCAUGUUAAAUCCGAGAAGCUGCUGGGGAACCUCAAACCAACCUCUUGCCAGCACCAGGAUGGCAAGAACAGAGGACCAGAUAUGAAGAAGAAAAUGAAAAGGUCAAGAUCAAUCAAGCUUUCAGAUAUUGAGAGCUUGGAUUCAUCUCCUUUGAGGAAAACCAUGUCCCAGCCUGGAAAGCCACCAAUUCUCAAUGCUUCAACCACUGCAGCAACCCCACAGAAGCAGCAGCCUAUGAGAACAACUGGUGGAUCACCAAAUUACAUGAAGGCUACUACCAGUUCUGAGGCAAGAAAGGAGCGUUCUCAGGUGAGUUCCUUGAAUGCUACAACUGCUUCGGAUUGUAAGAACCUGCGUCGAAGAAAUUCAAGUAAUUCAAAACUUAGCUCUGCUUCAAGUAAUAGACCAACGAGAACAUUAACCAGGUCAUCUAGUUUGAAGCUGGUGAGAACUUUAACAAAGUCUCCCAGUUUUAAGCCAGUGAGAAGUGCUGCAAAAAAAUGUUCCAGGGUAGCUCUAUGUGCAGAUAUGGAUUCACAGAAAGCCACCUGUUCUUCAACUCUGAAGGACUCGAAGUUUCCUGCUUAUCUCAUGCUCAAUCCUGGGGGUAACGAGGCAGAAGGAACUUCAGUCCUGAAGGUCUGUCCGUACACCUACUGCUCUCUUAACGGUCAUCAUCACAGUCCUUUGCCUCCAUUGAAGUGCUUCUUGAAGGCAAGAAGGCGUUCACUGAAGGUCCAAAAGAGUGCAAAAUUGGAGGCUUUAUCCCCACGCAGAGCUAAGGCGUUUGGUGAUGGAACAGAAGAAAUUAGAAGUCAACUACUAAUUUUCUCUGAUGACAAACCACCACACAAGGAAGUAGAUUCAAUUGACUCAGCAACAAUUCCAGUGGUAAAAGAAGUGGAUGUGGAUUUCUUUGUUGAAAUCUAUGCCAAAAAUACAGCAGUUGGCCCUGAAGCAACUGAAAAGCACACAGUGGAGGAUGAUGAGAGCAACAUCGGUUUUGCUAGAGAACCCAACAAAGGGGACAACGAGUGCUCUUUCCAUGGUGGCGAAGAAGCAGCAGCUGAACAAGAGAACAUGGAGCAAGUAGAUGGGAACCUGUUGGAUGCAUCACCACACCUGGAGACUGAUUUCGAGGAAAACUGUGGACAGAAAAAUUAUAGCUAUCCGGCUGAGAUUUGGAUGACAGAGGACGUUAUUGAAGAACAAAAAGCAGAAGAUGUGGAUGCAGAAUACCCACCCAUUUUGUUCCAAGAAGAAGGUAGAACAGAAAGGUGUGACAACGAGAGUCACAUUGAAGAGGUCCAUGCAAGCAUGGAGGAAGAUGACAGCAUUUCUAAUGAUAGCGAAAUGGAGUGGGAGGAGGAGCAAUUUUCCACAUCAGGGUUUGAUGCAGAAGUUCAUUAUUUGGACAAGUCUGACAAAGAAUCUUGUAUCAGUGAUGAUUGCCUGUCAGACAUCAAGAAGUUUAAUUUGACUGAAGAACCUGAGAACAUUAGAUCAGAUGACACAGUUAGCAACUGCACUGAGGAGAUUCUAGCUGAUGAGGUAUUGAAAGAACUCCUAGAAGAAGAACCUGCCUCCUUUGACACACAUUGGAUUGAUAGUGAUUCCGAAAGUGAAGGUACACUGCAGACUUGGGAGAUCCAUGAAGAUACCCGAGCAGAUGGUGAUUUAACUUAUGACGAACAAGUUUCUUCCAUUGAAUAUGCAUUUGAGGAACCAACAGCAGUGGAAGAGAAGAGUGAAGAUGCUGAGAAAGAUUCGACUGGUGCUGUGACUGCUUCAGCUUCAGUGGAGGAGCCAAUUGUGGAAUCUACAGCAGUUGAUGAGAAUAAUCAGGAGGAUGGAGUUUAUGAAACAGAGCAUGGUAUCUUUGAAAAGAAUCCUCGGCUUAGGGAUGCUGAAAAAGAUUGCAAUAGCAGCAUAACAACCGAAGCUUUGAACGGUUACCAAGAAGAUAAAUCGCUUCAAGCUGAAGACAAAAUUGAGUUGCUUCAAGGUCAAAUUGUUUAUUCUCAGAGUUUUGAUGAGAUGGGCAAUGCUGAAACAAAUGAAGUCCAGAUGUCCAGGGAGAUGGAAAGUGAUCAAAAUAUGGCCAUCAUUGCUUCCAGUAUAGAAGAAAAGCAAGUUGCCAAUGACGAAUUGUCCAUGGGUAUACAAAUUUCUGAUUCAUCUCAGAGUUCCUCUGAAGCUGAUCAAGAUGACACUGAGGACAAUGACAACCAAAACCAGAUAACUGCCGAAGACAGCAGUUCAAGUGAACAGCUUCUCGGUCAACACAUUCUAGCUAAGGAUGGCCAGAAUGAGAACCAGAACUUAUUGGGGGAAUAUCAAGGUGGGGCUAACAAAUUCAAAGUCCAAACUUCCAAUAAUUCUGAGGAGCAGAUUGAUUCAAGCAUACGUCAAAUCAGUUCAGCCAGAUGCCACACAGGACAAGUUGAGAAGAUGGAGGUGGAAGUUUGCAAUCAGUUAGAUACAGCAGAAACAAUCUUUGCAGCCAAUGAUGGAAUUAGUGCAGGAUCAAGGAGCAAAUUCCUUCACAAAGGAAGCAAUUCCAGCCAAGUACAUGCCUGUGCCUUUAACAAUGGGAAAUGGAUGAUCAAAUGCAAGAAACCCAUCAUGGACUUAGAGGAAGAGCGGAAAUUCAACCCAAGGGAACCAAAUUUCCUUCCUCUUGUUCCUGACCCAGAGGCAGAGAAGGUUGAUCUCAGGCAUCAGAUCAUGGAUGACAGGAAAAAUGCUGAGGAAUGGAUGCUUGAUUAUGCACUCCAACAAGCUGUCACCAAACUUGCUCCUGCUAGGAAGAGGAAGGUGGCACUACUUGUUGAAGCUUUUGAAACAGUGUUGCCUAUACCCAAUUAUGAAACUCAUAUCAGGCAAGCACCAGCAGCCUUUUGUCACACAACAAGACCUAUUCAAGCAUGUAGCUGAUGGCACUUUCAGAGGUGAUGAUAAAAGAGAGAGCAGCUUAGGUGAUGAUUAUCAUAGUUAGCAAGGCUCAUGAUUUAGGAGUAAACCGCAGAUUCUAUAGAGCAACUAACAUCUUCUUAAGCUGGUGUGGCCGCCUUCAGCUGGUGUGGUGACAGAAUGAAGAUUGAAGUGUAGAUGCAAGCAGUAAACAUUUUCUCCUAAGCUCAUUGGAUGAAGUGCGAGCGAAGACUUUCUAGCUCAAUAAUAUAUAUGUUAAAUAGCAAUAUCAAGUUCCAAAAAAAAAAAAGCAAUAUCAAAUAUGGUGUUGAGUUAUUUGUUGUUAAAGGAGGGAACUUUACCUCUAACUGGUGUUAAUUUACUAUUGUUAUUCUCUGUUUAAUAUUUAUGUAAUGUAGUAAAAUUAUUGUAA